AUGGAGUUCUUGGACGAAGAGGCUCGACCUAGACUUCUGUUCCAGUCUCGGCCGGUCCAGCCCUCUUCCGCCGCUUCGCCGGCUCUAGACCUACGGCGACCGUCGGUUCUCGUCUCGCUGUCGCUGUCGGCAUUGCUAUUUGGCCAUUCACUCUUCUUCCUCCAAUCCGAACCUCUCCAAUCGAUUCUCCUCUGGUUUGCGCUUUCCUUCCUUCUCGGCCCCUUCGCGCCCUCCUCCCUCACCGCCGGCGACAUUCGCGUUGGUCUUGGCCAAAUCCUCGAGCCGCCUCCCCCGGACGACGUGGUUGACCAGGACGAUCCGAAGAAGAAGCCGCCCAAUCGGCGAUUGAGGCCCCGCAAAAACGAGGAGCCAGGGUUUGUUGCCGUUCCGGCAGCUGCUGAACCGCGGGGGAAGGUAGAGAGCGGUGGAGAUUCGACUCAAUGUAAGGCGGAUUCAGUGAUUGGGGGAGAGGAGCGAGAGUGGAGCGAGGGGGAUGUGGAGGUGCUGAAGAAGUUGUUGGUGAAGCAUCCAGUAGGAAAGCCGAAGCGGUGGGAGGAGAUUUCGGCGGCGUUUCAGGGGCGGCACGGUGUGGAGAGUGUAAUUAAGAUGGCCAAGUCGAUGGGGGAGAAGAGAACUAGCGAUGCCGAUUCGUUUACUCAGUUUCUCAAGGAUCGGAAACCGGUUGAUAAGAGGAUCGAGGCAGAGAGUGAAGCGAUUAAUAAGGCGGUGGAGAGCGGUGAAGCGAAGAAGGAGAACUUGGGGCUUAGUUGGAGUGCUAGGGAUGAUGUCGCUUUGCUAAAUGCGUUGAAAGCUUUUCCGAAGGAUGUGGCAAUGAGGUGGGAGAAGAUUGCAGCUGCUGUUCCAGGGAAGUCGAAGGCCGCUUGUAUGAAGAGAGUUACUGAGUUGAAAAGAGACUUUCGCAACUCUAAGACUUCUGUUGAGGCUUCAUGA